AUGCGGUGCCGACUCGGAGCCGUUGCCACCGAUUCAGCAGAUCGUAACCGCCGGCGAAACGACAGCAUUGGUUCUAAUUCGCAGCCUGGGUAUUCUGUAAACAACAAGGAAAAACCUGUUCAGUUGAACGGGCCGGGGGGAGAAAUCCCAGCGUCCGCGGCGACAGACACGAAUGGUCCAUUGUCGAGCGGCAAUGAGGAAGACGCCGAGUUGCAGCGACAGGUGAAUGAGCUAAUAAAGAGGUAUGCUACAGUGGAGCGGGUUCGACGGGAGUACGUGGCGCCGGAUAUAUUUGAUUACCUCGGCGAGCUGCGUGCUUUUAUCGAAUCUGAUGGAGCGCCUAAUAGCGGGUCAGCAGGAGCUUCAGGGGUCAAGGGGGUUCCUGGGUUGGGAAGUGAUAAUGACGGGGGGAUGGCGGACGCAGAGCAUCAGCAGGAGACAGGAAAAGCCCUGCCACGGCUGUUGUUUCUCCCGGGCGUGGAUGGGGUUGGCUACGGGCUCAAGCUGCAUCACAAGUCCCUGGGGCAGCUGUUUGAAGUCACGUGCCUGCACAUACCACUCUCUGAUCGGACCGACUUUCAAGGUCUACUCUCUCUCGUGGAAGCUGAGGUAUCACAAGAGCACGAGAAGUCACCCAGCCGGCCUCUCUUUCUUGUGGGAGAGUCGUUCGGUGCCCUCCUGGCUGCAGCAGUAGCGGCACGAAACCCCUCUCUUCCAAUCAGCCUCGUUCUCAUCAACUCAGCCACCAGCUUCCCCCGCUCCUCCCUCCAGCCCCUCAUUCCUCUGCUAAAGAGCGUCCCUCCAGAGGCCUACGCUGCUCUCCCUUUCCUCUUCAGCCUCGCCAUAGUCAACCCAAUCCGCAUAGCAUCUGGCGGUUUGCCACUGGACGCCUCUCCCUUGGAUCGUUUGGAGAAGCUAAGGGACAAUCUGCUCAGCCUGCUGCCCUCACUGCCUCUCCUGACAGAAUUGCUCCCUCAAGCCACGCUUGAGUGGAAGCUACAUCUGCUGGAAACAGGAUCUGCCUUCACAGAGCCUCUGCUUUCUUCCGUUCAUGCACCGACUCUUAUUAUUGCCGGUCCUCUGGUCACUGCAUUGCCGUAUGCUGUUGUCACUCCUAUUAUCCACUCCCUUGCUCCCUCUCUCUUCUUUUCGCAGGAGUGA